AGGGCUAAAGAUGAUUCCGAUGCCUACAGGUACAGUUACAUAUACAACAGGGAUGAUGAAAUUCGUCGAAGCACCGGUUCAAUUUAUGGGGCUGACAGCCCCUUAAAAAUGAAACCACAACCCAUGCACGUGCGGAGUAGCAGCGACACAAGUGAAAUAAAUAUGGUUGUGAGGAACAAUUAUGCAGAUGGCGGGGAUGCUGAACAACGUUCCCCUACUAAUGAAAGUUUUUUUGCAUUAAUAAGGAAGUUUGAACAAAAUAUUCAAAAUGAGAGACAUAUACAACCAGGUCAGAAAUCCUGGUCUUACGAUAAUGAAGGCCAGACCAUUGAUGGCGUUAGAGGCAAAUCAGGAGUUAGUUCAGCCUCCUCAAGCCCGCUCACUGAAAGAAGGACUCCUUUGCUUAAACGUAAAAACUCACUUAGAAACAAUGCUUACUUGUUUCGAGUUUUUAAGGGGUCUGGAGAUGCGAAAGCAGGAGAGGAGGAGAUUGGAGAUGAGCCAUCUAGAAAAUUCUUUGCACAUUAUGAUUGUCGCAGCGUAAUGGUUGAUUUUGAUGAACUUGCACUGCAGUAUUCCAAACAAGGUGAUGGACUCAAAAGAAAGAACAAAAGAUCUGGAGCAUCUGCAGCGUCAACUAAAGUUACUGCGGCAACGAUCCAUGAUAAAUUACAACGGCGAGGUUCAGACUCUAGCGUGAGUAAUAAUGAGGAGGAAUCAGACCUUGGCGAUGAGAAAAGUAAUAAUCUCAUUCUAAGUUGCCCAUAUUUUCGGAAUGAACUUGGCGGUGAAGAAGACCAGGACCCACAAAUUGGGUUAUCAAGGGGCACUGUGGCAUUGCAAAGUCUUCAUGAUCCCUUGCGACCAAAGGAACCUAAAUUAGACAACUUUAGAAGAAGGUCAACCCUUGAUAUUUUAUUGACUGCAUAUGAUUCUGCACAAGUAGGAAAUCUAAGCAGUGGUACUGGAGUUACGAUUCUUGAUAAUUCAAAACCUGAAAGUGGAUUCUUGUAUCUUGGAGAAAGUUUUUACAAUGAAAAUGGACGAGUGUUUGAGCAUGUGGAUCAUGGAGCUUAUUAUUACAAGAACUUUUUUGUUGGACAAGGUAGGUGAAAAUAAGAUGUGUUCAUCCCUUUUACUUCUUUUCGUAGUCAAAGGAAAGAAAAUGUGAAAUGCUAAAAAAUAGAUAGCACUGUGCAAAAGUUCUGUCAAAGAGUAUUUGCAUGGCAACAUAGGAUUUCAUCCACAGCUUUAGAAGGUAGAGUGACAAAUCAAUCUCUCCAUAACAUGGUCUAGAAGUGAAAGUGUUCUAAACUUACGCUAACAUACUAUUGACUCAAAAUUAAGUAAUGGUAGACAAGGUGCAUGCCUCAGUCUUUUUUUUCUCUCUGCCUUUUUUUAGCUCUAAGCUGUUGCUAUGGUAACCUCUCAACUAAUUGUAACAUUGGUUGGGAGUUUGUUUGAUUCUUGAAGAAAUUCAUCAGGCUAGUGAAGUUAAACAGUCGAUUUAAAUGUUCUUAAAACAUAGCCAGUCUUAACGUCUUAUUGAUGCUGACAGUUUCUUAUUGAUGCUGACACUUUCGAUGACUUUGCACGUUUAUCGCAAUAAUUAACACCUUCAGAAGCCUAUUUAAGGCUUCUGACACUUUUAAUGUUUUUCAACUUUUGAUAAAGAUGGCUGACAGUCAUCGAAACUGUCAGCAUCAAUAAGACGUUAAGACUGGCUAUGUUUUAUAAACUUUUAAAUCGAGUUUGUUUGAUGCCGUUACUGUCUAGCAACAGAAGAGUUAAAAGUGUUGAUAUUAAUUCAUCAAAGUUUACAUACAUAUGUAAAAAUUCUGUUGAAUGGGUUACAGCCACCUUCUCCAUCUAUGUGUAGAAUUUUAGACUGGUCUCAGGAAGAAUGCAGCGUGCAAAGAAAGUAGUGUCCAAUAGCCCAGGGCUAGUGGAUUUUGCUAUUGGGCUAGUGAAUUCUGUUUUUUACUUGCCCGACGGGCAAGUGAUGUUUUUUGAUGAAUUUGAAUAACAGAAGAACUGUGAAAUCAAUUCUGCUUGUCAAAAAGCUUUUGGGGCUAGUUGCAAUGACAUCUGGGCUAGUAAAUACUAGCUUCAGCUUGCCUGAAUGGCAAGUUGUAAAAAUGAUUUUCUUUGCACCCUGAGAAUGCUUUGCAAAUUGCUGUGAAAAUUAACAACACUUCUUUCAAAGUCAUUUUUAUGUAGUAGGUUAAUAGUAGGCAGCAUAUACAUGUAUGCCACUGCAAGUGAUAAGGUUGCUGGUUGAUGGCUCAUUCUGACUGGGCUGUGAAAUAGAAAAGUAAAUUAACAAUUAUUGGAUGAGGUUGAGCAAAAUAUCGUGAUUUGUCUGUGGUAAGCAGAUCAAUAAUUGCGGAAGCUAAGGCAAAUAAUUCAUCUGUGAGACACUGACAAAUCACGAUGUUUUGCGAUAACCGAGUUCAAAAAUUGUUAUAUCAUUCGAUCACCGAGUUUGUUUUUUUAAUGAAUAUCCUCGGGAAGCGAAGUGAUCUGCCAUUUUCAUGCAAGAGCGAUCGCAAGAAGGAGAUAAGCAUGGUUUCCUUUACGCAUGUGCAGAAUAUUAUUUGCAGCCAAACACAGUUGUACGGCAUGGGCGGACCAUUAUUUGUAGGCAGUUAUUUGCAGGUCACGUGGUGGGCUUUCGGCCAAUGAAAAGAAAGAAAAAUUUGCUUUGAAUGAUAGACUUCCUUUACAUUUGGUGAAAAGUGAGGACUAAUCGUAGUGGGUAAUAGAGCAAAAAUUGAUUUUAAACCCAAGAGAUAUUAAGCUAAAAACAAACAAACCCACAAUGUUAACCUACUUGCACAUUAUAUGUAUAUUGUUAAAGGGAUACAAUUAUUUUUCUGUGUUUCUGGUACUAUUAAAAAAUUGAAUCUGAGGGGUAAAAAAGAAGCUUGACCAGCACUGGGUUUUAAACUUGUGAGUGUAAAGCCAUGUGUCCUUUUCCUUCCAGAGCAUUUGAACUAUCUUGGCAUUGAUGAAAAAUUUGGUCCAGUUGCCUUGUCGCUGAAACGAGAAAGACUUGAUGAAAAUACGUCUCUUCUGAGAGGCGGUGAUUCUGAGGGAAACCAAUACCAGUAUCGCAUCAUUGUCAGGACAAGUGAGGUAAACUUCAGUGUUUAAAAUUUUUUAUUUGCCUUAAAAUCAUUUUUUUUAAUAUUGAUGCUGUGUUCUUGCUUUGGCUGGUGGCCCUGGUCCCUUACUUUUGCUCUUGGGGAGGGCGUAGAAAAUCUUGGAAGAGAAUCCCUAGUCAUGUAUGCUCCUUGAAUGGUAGCCCUCCUUAAUGAAGGAGGUGCAUGUAAGAAAGAAGAGAAAGAGUUUCUUUGUUCUCAGCUUUUAGCAGGCAGUUUAGAUUAGUUUCUUAAAGUAUGUGCAGAGCUGUCACUAAAAUUUCAUGUUGCCAGGUAGAUGGAAUAAGUAAGCUUUUAUUUCCCCUUUGUUUCCCAUGAAAGUCGCUGGGAGUCUUGCUAAUGGUAACCGGCAGGGGAAUCCCCUAACCCCAGCUCUUAGUGAAAGCCCUGGCCUCGGAUGUUCAAAGGUUGGAUAGCGCUACCCACAGGAUAAAUUACUAUCCAGCGAAUAAGUAUUACGGAAAUCAAUUUUGCUAUCUGUGAAUAGUGUUUUAUCCGGUGGAUAGCGCUAUCCGACAUUUGAACAACUGGGACCUGAUGUGUUGUUUUGGACUUGCAGCUCACUACACUUCGAGGAAGUAUUCUAGAAGAGGCAAUUCCAUCGACAUCACGGCAUGGCUCAGCACGUGCUCUUCCUGCCAAAGACAUUUUAGAACAUGUCUGCCCAGAACUCCAGCUCUCUGCAUUGAGAAUGGCACAGCCUGGAAUCAAGGUAAUAACCAUAAUUAUUUGGAAGCUUUUUUUUAAAAUUUAUUAGAUGCACCAAAACAAGGUCAACCUCAGCCUCACAUUCACUCAAAGGCUAGGAUACUAAGCCCACAACUGUAAAAUGGUCUAUUCAUCAAAUAUGCUUUCUUUACUGUCAAGCUGGCAGCUGGUCAAAAUCACUACCUACUUUCAGGGUUCUAAAAAAGUUUUGAAGUUGGCAAAUUUAUUGUUGAAGAAGUUUCCUGAUUUUCCCUUUUCGUUUUAAUGAUUAGAGGAAUGGCCCCUUCGGAGUAGAUGGCUCCAGUAGGGUGUGAUUCUUACUAGCUUUUUUUAUGUUUUUGGUUACUCACUCUGCUAUGCUAUUUAUCUGAUUUAUUAGUAGAAGAUAUUCCAACUACUUCAACACUUUCUGACCACUGUAUGCUUUGUGCUCCCACAAUGAUUGGGUGCUAAGGAGAUGUGCUAUUAGUCUAGCUGCUACCAUUGACAGCUGAACACGUAUCAGCGAUUUUUUGUUGUUAACUUACUUAAGUUGCAUUAAAAUGUCUUUCUUUCUUGUUAGGUGCCGGAGCAGCUUAUGAAACUGGAUGAACAAGGGGUAAGUAACAAAGAUAACAUUAUUAUGUACAUCUUGUAGACAAGAUGAAAUGUUUGUUUCUUUGUACUUUGGAAGCCAAACAAAGUCCAGGAUUUGAAUAACUUGCGUCGGCCACACAUCAAGCCACAAAAGGAGUUAGAACACUGUUGAAAAACCCUUCCUAACCUGCAAGCAAGCUUUCCAGGAUGGGAUGAAGGAGAGCUUGCAACUACAUCUCUGGAAUUUGAAUUUCUGCAUCGAAAAAGUCAAUGCAAAAUGCUGAUUGGCGGAGAUGACAUUAGAAAUUAUGUCAUUACCCUUGGCAUGUGUUUUUCAAUGAUUGUUUACAUUCGCGCUUGUUUCACUUCAUGCUGAUUGGCGAAAAUCUGACAGCUCAAUUGAUGGAGAGCCACAGGGAAAGUAGAGGUGGAAUUCAGAUUCCAGAGACGUAGUUGCAAGCUCUCCUUCCUUUUCCUGCCCUGCCACCAGAGUGCUCUGGAUUGCUUGGUCGCUGGUUAAACCCUUCCAAGUCACCAAGUUACAGCAGACUUUGCCCCUAAUGACAAUUUUUGAUUGCUUGGGCUCAUCACUCUAUUUCCCCUUCACCCCUCCCUCCCCCCCCCUAGCAAUGUUGCACCCAGAAUAGGACUCAUUUUACCCAACUUGUGCAAAAUUCAAAAUUGUUUGGGGUGGGAGGGGUCAGGUUGCCAGUUUUACCAACACUUUUGACCUCCAUUGAUGUUAACAAUUAUUUUAUGCAAUUUUAUUGGUAGUGAUGUACAUGUGCAAUAUUUUAUAGACAGUGUUAAAUUUGUGCCAACCAAUUAAAUCCUGUUUGUUUGCUUUUAGAUGACGAAUCAAUUUAAAGUUGGUGUAUUGUACUGCAAAGAUGGACAAAGCANGAAAAAUUGUGAAAUGCCGUAUUCUGUCCGAGGUCUGUACGAUAAAAAGUACUGUUUCACCUCAGAUGUGAUGUAUAAAAAGUUGGUUCACACACCCUAAGAUUUGUUGGCAAGAAUUUGUAAAGUAAACCUGUCGAACGCAAAAAAAUGCGGCCUGAUUUGUUUUCCAAGAAUUUGUUUUCGAGGCCUAAUCUACUGUGAUCAAGAGCCAAUAUGGCUCUUGAAUGUGAUAGAAGAUGUUUUCUAUUUUUUGGGUGUACGUAUAUUUAGGCUAUCAACUCGAUGUAAGAUGUUUCACUCUAAAAUAACUUAUCCUUUCCCUCAAAAGUCACAUGAAUGUUCCCUUAAGCUAACUGAUUUGUGGAUUACAAGUUUAUUGUUUGAUUUAAAAUAUAGAUUUAUUAAUGGGAGCUACGCUUUUAGCCCUGGCUAAAUCUAUAUAUUAGUGAUGUACAUGUGCAAUAUUUUAUAGACAGUGUUAAAUUUGUGCCAACCAAUUAAAUCCUGUUUGUUUGCUUUUAGAUGACGAAUCAAUUUAAAGUUGGUGUAUUGUACUGCAAAGAUGGACAAAGCACAGAAGAGGAAAUGUAUAACAACCGUAAGUUGAAUGACAUGGUUAACUAGGGCAGAGAGAAAAUUUUAAAUCAAAAGAAGGGUUGUAAUUUACUAUUGAACAACAAAGCUCCUUGGAAGUGCUGUGACACAUCAUGUGGUUAUUGAAUUUGUAAACUUUCCGGUAAUGGACAUGCUGAAAUGUAACUUGGGGGACUCGGUGUUUCAGUGGUUAGUGCUUUGGUCUUCAUUUCAACAGGUCCAGGUUUUGGCCCUGCCGGAGUAAUUUUGAUGUGAUCUUGUAUUUCACUGUCACAGUGCCUCACUCCACCCACUGAGGUGUAAAAAACAGUUACCAGCUAUUUAAAUUCUGGGGGUAACCCGGCAAUGAACUUAGCAUUUCAGUGGGGAAUAGAAAUAAAUAUUUCUAGUCACUUCAUGUCACAGAAAUAGGAUGUAGUUUUUGGAUCAGUUAAGGUUUCUUGAAAACUGCCCACCUACCCCUCCCCUAACUCAAUGUUAACAUGUGCAUCUCACUUGGGGCAAAAUGUUGGGUUAGGGGAGGGGUAGAUGGGCUGUUUCCCAGAAACCUGAACUGAUCCGAGUUUUUUAGGAUGUUCAGAUUUAGGGGCUAUUCACUUGAUGCUGGAAUGACUUUCAUUCUGGAAUGAGUUUAUUACAUCUCCAUUAUAAUCUAUUUCUCCAUAUUUGCUUACUUGAUACCGAAGCAACAUGUAGUUCUUGUUCAAGUCAUUCUGGUUUUCAGUCCAAGUAAAGUUCUUGUUCUGUUCUGAAGUUUCAUUCUGGUAUCAUGUAAACUGAAACCAAACUUUGUUCCAGAUUGAAAAUCACAAAUUGUGUAAGUGGCACAUGUGUAUUUGAUCUGGCACAAAAACCAUGUUUGUGAGAAUGCCAUAGGUUGAGUGAGUCAAUUUUAUCAUGUGAUGAAUGCAGUACAAACUUCAUUCUGAAAAGAAACCCAUAAUUAUUUCCAGAAUUUUUUUAUUCUGGUAUCAUAUAAACAGCCCCUAACAUGUACCUUUUUUGUUUAACAGAAAUGUCAGGUCCUGCUUUUGAUGAAUUUCUGGAACUCAUUGGAAAAAGAGUUGCGCUGAAGGGUUUUGAAGGGUACAGAGCCCAGCUGGAUAACAGGAGUAAGUUCUAGACAAACAGACAUGUAAUGUACUUUGGGUUGGUUUCAGAAAUCAUCCUUACACUUGCAAGUAAUAAACAUUAUUCUUUAACAAUAAAUUAUCACCAUUUUGGUAGCACAAAACAAAAACGUUUGUGGGGAUUAGUUAGGGAAGGGGGAGGAGGACUUUGGUGGGGGCUAUUUGGGGAAGGGGAAGGGGAAGGGGAAUGGUUGGGAGAUUAUUUGGGAUUGUUGGGAGGGAACUUUGAUGGGAGAUUAUUUGGAAGAGGGGGAGGAGAACUUUGGGGAAUUAUUUUGGGGUGAACUCAAGUAGGAAGGGGUAGGAGUGAUGAAACCGAGAAUGAUAGUGAGAAAAAAGAGAUAAGGAAGGUGCAGCUCUUUACUAAAACAAUACCUUCUGGUUUGCGAGUAAAAUUUAAUAAUGUUAUUUUAGACAAUACAGAUAUUAUAAACUGCCAUAAAACCAUAACUACCUAUGAACAGACUGAUGGUUAACUCACUGUCAGUCAGAGUACUGAUUGUAAAUUUCUAUUUUGCAGAUGACUCCACUGGAGAGUAUUCAGUGUACACACAGUUCCAUGGUCGAGAAAUCAUGUUUCAUGUCUCAACACUUUUGCCCUGGACACCUAAUAAUAGACAACAGGUAUUAUGUUUAUCAGGGUGUAGUCAACAUGAACAGUUAACUUGGAAAACACCUUUCGCUCUUACCAGUUGCCAUGAAGAAAUGAGAUAAAAAUUAAUACAUGUUAUACAUAUGUAGUAACUACACCAGAAUCAAUUGUUGGUCACUUGCCAAUGCUCAUAUCCAAAGGUCACUGCCAGAUCCAGACCUUGAGAUAAGGAGUUGGAGGGUGGGGCGGUCAUCCAGACCCUUAGAAAAAGAGGGGGGCCCAAUCUCCCAAAAAAAUUUUUUCGGCCUGAACAUCUAAAAGUAAGGGGGGCCUGCGGGCCCCUCACCUGGAUCUGCCACUGAAAGGUCAACCUGUGUAAAGCAGUUGGUUGGUCACUCCUAAGGGUAACUGCCUUAUACAUGUUUUCUAUGUAUUUCCUCCAAGGCAGUUCUCUUUGGUAUAAUUGUCAAUAAUAACAUGGAAUGAUGUUUUUCAUUUUGUUGCAGCUUCUCAGAAAAAGACACAUUGGCAAUGACAUAGUCACUAUUGUGUUCCAAGAGCCUGGUGCACUUCCAUUUACACCGAAGAACAUUAGAUCUCACUUUCAGCAUGUGUUCAUUGUGGUCAGAGUUUUCAAUCCUUGCUCUGAUAAUACAUAUUACAGGUAUUGACUUAGAGGCAGCCCUCUCAAAAUAACGUUCAAGCUGGUACCAGUAUUUAAGCUUUUUGAGACUGUGGUAAAAGUUAAUAACGUUGUUAAAUUACUUAAAUAAAAUUGACACAUUGAUUAUAUUUUUCUAUUACUGGGUGGAAUUCAGUUGCAAAUUCAGUGAAGUGUAUGUGUAAAUUGUGAAUAGAACAUUUUUUGGAGAAAACAUUUGAGGGGUCCUUUUCAGGCAGACCCACAGUUUUGAAAAUUUCUUCCCACUCAGGAAUUUGCAAGUUGCAUGCUAGAAACAAUAUUUUGAAAUUUUUUAAUGGUUCUUAUUAAAUUUGAAGGCCAACAAAGUUAGAAAAUCAGAUUUAAACAUUGACAAGAUCAUCCAUGAACUAGAUUUCCAGUGCCCUUUUUUCACUCUGUUGCAUUUUGAAGAAGUCAGAGAUAGCUUAGCCUGCGCUACAGACGAAACUAAGCUCUGGUUAAAGUCUGUCUGGAAAACAGCGCUGAAAUCCUUGUUCCGGGUCCCCACCUUUGUAUCAUGAUUUGAGUACGCACCAUGAUUGGUCUGUUGAAAAAGCCAUUGUCAACUUGCCAAUCAAAGUUAAAGGAAGUUCAAAAUGCACUUCUUGUAAUUCAUUGAGUCUGUUGAGGGCCCAGAACGUUUAUCUCGGUGCUGCUUCUAAGACGUUAACCUAUUGGGGUUAAAUUACGUCUGCAAUGCAGGCUAGGAUAACCAUGACAAUGUUGUAAGUAAAUGUUGGGAAUCAUUAUUGAUGUUUAUGUUUAGAGUCGCUGUAAGUCGUUCUAAAGAUGUACCUCCAUUUGGACCAAAUAUACCUGCUGGGGCCAAGUUUGGAAAGCAAAAGGCUUUUGCAGACUUCCUUCUGACAAAAGGUAAGGAGAUCCUUUUCCAUGACUUUGUACAUCUGUCUGAAUAUUGAUUAUUGUGGGUGAUCAGGGAUGGCACGGUGGUGAGAGCAUUCGCUUCCCACCAGUGAGACCUAGGUUCAAGUUUGGUGUCAACACCAUACAUGGGUAGAGUCUGUUGGUUCUCUUCCUUGCUUUGGGACGUUUACCUCUGGGCAUGUCUGUAUCAGUUAUCCAGAUUCAAAUUCAAUCUGGAAAGUGUUUCCAGUUAGUUGGAGACUAGCCUGUUCCAGGCGUUCAGAUAGUGGAGUGCAACAUUAAGGAGGAAAGUGAGAAAAAAAUAUGGAGGAAAAGAGGGAGAGUGUUUUUUUUUUCUGCUCACAUCUCUUUGCACUGUCCCCAUGAGCUGAACGCCUAGAACAGGCUAGAUGAAGACACUUAGAAGGCCACAGGUUUAUAAGUUAUUUAAACUGUCUAUACUAGUGUCACCCUCUCAAUAAAUAAUGCUAUUAUGGUUAUUGUACUUUUUAAAACCAAAACCUCUGAUAGCAUACUUUUCAAACAAACUGCCAGGAUUUGGUAGUGAUUCCUAGGGCAAGGUUGCCCAGGUUCUCCACCACUUUUGUAGAGGGAUUUGACAUGAGUAGAACUGAGAACACAACACUUUAAUCACCACGAGACAGACGGAUCUAUUGUGGUACAGAAGCUACACACGUGUUAUACCCCAGAGUGGUUCAGACCGGUUUUAGAAUAAUCUACUUCAUAUGUAACAGCAUAAACUGUCCCACUACAAGUUGGGGAGGGGGGGGAGGGGGGCUACUUGAGGAAUUUUGUUUUAUUCCUUUCAAAUCAAGCCCCUAUCCUGGAGUCACUAUCUUCUGGAAACUACUCAGGUUAAGGCCUUCUUUGCUGCGAAACUGAGUUGCAGUGAGCUAUAAAAUAAGCAAUUCAAUUUUUUGGAGUGUAAAUUCCUAGUGCCCAGACUCUACACUAAAAUUUUUAACCAAUAGAUCUGUUAACUGUUUCAUCAACUUUUAAUGUGGACCAAUUAUUGAUACACGGCUCCAAGGCUUGGGGGAAUAGAGCAGGGCUCGACGUUGCGACCUGUGGGGUCGCCAAUGCGACUAGCUUUUUCUCAGUGGCGACUAAAUUUUCACGCCUGGUCGCCAACCUGGCCCCCAAGAUAGGGGAUUUUCUUCUCUGGAAAAACGUACACUAAUGAUAAUUUGUUAUCCUUUACAAAACUAACGGAUAGCUAACGGUUUUUCUGACCCUCUAACGUUUUGCCUAAACGCUUUAACGGUGUAUCUAAACGUUUUAACCAUUUGUCUAAAUGCUUUAACGAUUUCUUCCAACACUCUAACGGAUUGUUCUUAUGAUCUAACAGUUGGUCCGUCUGACGUUUGACUUUUACUUGAAAGAGGACUGUAAAUUCGACGGAAGUCUUAUCGACUUUCAAGCAAAUUGAUUGCAAUUCUCAACAGGUCGUCCCAUGUUUCUCUUGGAAUGACUUUUGGCACAUCGAUUUAAAACAAUUUCUUUAUGUCGAACAUGUAUCUUGAUUGCGGACUUUAUAGCAGAUUAGUCUGAUAAAAGCCUAAGCUGAUAGAGAACGAACGAUGCUUAUUUCUCAAGCUUCUGGUAAACUACUUUAUGCAAAUUUCUGUUGAGCCUGACGACCCUGCCAUAUUUUAUUGACUUCUAAUGGAGUACCGUUGAACUCAAAAGACAUGCUGUUUGUCUAACAGACUUCUCGCGAAAUCAACUUCUUUGCCCGAAAACAUUAGCAACGUCUCCUCUUUCUGGAGACUUUCGAUCACGUGCUAGGCAACCGCGAAACAGAUCAAGUUUCACCGAUGUUCAUUUCUGAACAUGCAAAUACAUGGGACGCAGAGCAAAUUUUGCAGACUUUGUUCUUUAAUAACCCAAAUAAGAUUUUUUGUGAUUCCUAAAGUUUGUUUAUCUAAAUGUGUAUUCCAUUGCUUGAAUACCUGUUUGAGUAGAUUUACGCUUGAGUGUGGGUUCAUGUUCCCGAACACCGGCUGGUAAUCGAGCCUCGAGCGAAAACCGUUCGAAAGAAAGUUCAAGGAAGUCUAAAGCAUUCUUUUUCUGUUAAGGCUAAUUAAAAGAUGUUAGGUUUAUUGUAUGCCAUUAGUUCUUAAAUGUAAUUUUGGGCGACUAGAAUAGUUAUUCUGGCGACCAAACAUGAAAACUUGGAGGCCAGCUGACCCCAAGAUUUUUUUCUGAAAGUCGAGCACUGUCGAGGACACACCUAGAGCUUCAGGGAUGAAUAAUUUGUGAAUGAAUAAAUUUUGUUGUAUUCCUUUCAACCUUGCAGCCAAGUAUAAAUUUUAAAAUGUUGAAAUAAUUUUGAUCUUUUGAAAGUGAACACAAACAAGGAAACCUAAAUACCAACUUUUCCUUUUGAAAAAAACUGAAAACCAAAAUGUGAGUGCAAAAGGAAAAAUGAAAAUUGUGGCUGAAAAACGAAAAUUUUGAGAGUAUUACUGAAAGACCAAUUCAAAGAGUGGUCUAAACUGCUAAACCAAAAACCUUAAUGUUAGUUUUUGUUGUUGUUUUUAAUUUACAGUUAUGAAUGCCGAAAAUGCUGCUCACAAGUCUGAGAAAUUCAGUGCUAUGGCAACAAGAACAAGACAUGAAUACUUGAAAGAUCUGGCAACAAACUUUAUCACCAACACCACACUGGAGACUGGUGCCAAAGGAAAAGGUACAUUGUCAAUGAACAGGGCUGUUAUUAAGAGCCAGGGGUGAGGGAUUUCCUCCGGCUACUAUGAAUGUGUUCCCCGGCCACUGUCAUAGGCAAAUAGAAGAAACAUAAAACCAAAAGAAAUCCCUAGCUGUUUGAUUCCCCACCUACUUGUUGUAUUUACCCGGCAACUUGAAAUCUUAGUGACAUCCCUGAAUGAAAAUAAUACAUACAUGAUGGAUUUAGUACUUUGAAGUUUACAAGGUGCCCCUUCUAGAGGCAUUGGGCCACCCCCAACAUAGCUGGGAAAACUGCUGACCAGCAUUGCUUUGAGGUUAACUUUGCCUUAAUUACAUUUAGCCACAUAAAAAUUAUUUUACGGCUCCAGUCUGAAGAUCCGGGCUUAAGUUCCACUCUGAUUUACCAUGCUGAUAUUUAUUCUUGGUAGUCUUAAGUUCAAUUCGUUCAUUUUGCAAGUUCAUUCUUGCAAAAUGGCCAACUGGUUGUUUUGCCUCUUGCCCAUUUGGAUACUUUUUUAAUCCUGAAAAAAUUAAUGCAGCCUUGCUAUUUUUUUUAACAACUGUAAUAUUCUGGAUCCUUCGCAAAAUGUACCGAUAAGGAGUUCAUUUCUCAGAUCAUUGGUUUGAAUAUAGUCAUGAUAACUAUCAGACUUCACAGCCUCAUUAUAUUUACUUGAGUAAAUAUAUACUUAAUGAAUAAUCAGUUUGACUUUUUGGUUUUGUGGCAACUGCUACACCAUCAUUAUUAAAGGUAGACGUGUAUUUGUUUCUUCAAAAAUUGAUUUUGGAAGCAAAAACUUUAAUUACUGCUGUAUCUUUCAUUAGUGGGUCUGCUUCCACAGACCAUUCGUUAAGGACUAAUCAAGAGCGGGUGUUUUUUGUUUUGUUUUUGAUAAGUCUAUAAAUGAACAGGUCUUUGAGCCCUAACUGUGACACUCUGUUUUGCCAGGUAUUCUAAGAUCAACAAAGAAGAAGGAGAAGGUUCGUCCACCCAUUUCGCCAGAGAAAGUUUCCAGGGGAGCAUUAAUUUGGAAUGUACAGGUGAUAGUUGGUUUUUUGCUUUUGGUUGUUUUUAUUUGUUUGUUUGUUGUUGUGUUACCCACUCUCUUAUAAAAAGUAAUCAUUGAGGGUACAUGUAGUUUAGACUUUCAUAAAAGUCCUUUGUCUGAUUUAAUAUGGGGAAGGACCUUGUCGCUUGCUUGGCCAAUGACGACUGUAAAACUUCGUGUGGACUGAUCCGGGAUGGUUUAUUUACCAACUGGAAGUUUCGGCUGCAUGACCCCCAACCUCUUGUACUUAAGCUUUUCCACUUUGUAUUCUAGUUAUUUAUGGAGAACUGAUACCAUUGAAUAAGCCCCCCCUCUCAAAUAAGCCCCCCAACUCUAUUAAGGCCCCUCCCCUCUUCAAAUGUGUUUGAAAUAAAUAAGCCCUUUUCCCGGGGUGGGGCUUAAUAGAGGAUUUACGGUAUGCUACAUGAACUCAAAGUUGAUUGCUGUAUGAAUUAUUUGCAGGUUGAUGAUUACAGGAAUUCAUCCGUGAUUGAGUGUAAGAUGGGCAUCUCUGCUGAUACACUGGUGUUGAUCCAUUCCUCUAGUAAGGUUAGUUGUACAACUUUUUCCAACUUAGUUCUAUCCAUGUUUCAUUUAUGAUUGUAAAUGUAGAGAUGUCUUUAAAUUUUUAUUUAGGUGAUUAGUCUCAAAAAAUAUGUCGAAUCUCCACUAACGACCACCUCUCUGCAACGGCCACUUUUUUUGUCCCGUUGCACAGUCCAUACAUUAGGCUGAUUUAGCAACAGGACGCGAACGUCAUUUGACGACGGGAAAGCGCACGGAAAGGACUAAACACGACUUCCGGUCCUCAAUUUGCCUCUCUGCCAUUGAUCAACUGAUCAAGCCAGUUGUUUGAUGUGCGCGCGCCGUCUUCAACUGACGUUCUCGUUCUGUUGCUAAAUCAGCCUAUUAUUGACUCCUGUUUUAUAAACCUCUCUACAACGGCCAUCUCUUUACAACAGCAACGACCACUAAAGCGUGUCCCCAAGUGCUAAAAUAACCUCUUGACAAUGGCCAUUUUUUUCUGCCAUCGAUUAAAAAGUCAUGAAAUUGGAUUGGUAUAGUGCGUUGAUGAUUAUGGCAAUCUUCUUUUGAUUGUGUUCCAUUUAUACGCUGUAGUGAGCAUGAAUUGUCGACGAUACUUUUAGCGAAUAUUGCGAACCUUGCUCGUUAACUUUUUGAUUCAAACCAUUAUUAAGCUUUUUGUGUAUUUUAUCUGUAUAUAUUAUAUAUGAUUAGAUUACCAUCAUGGGAUACAUUAAGCAUGAACGUAUCACAAUAAACAUGUUGUACUCCCUGAAAAAAAUAUUUGUCAUAUUCCACCCCUACCUCCCCACAACGGCCUCAGCCUACAAUUUUUUGGUUUGAUCACUCUACCCCUUGCAAUAAAUUAUGCGUUUUGGGCAUGAGCUAAAAAGCUUAAGAGCUUAAAGUAUUGGUGAGCUCAGUGCGUAUUAGUCAUGUGUACACUUUUCAGGGCACGUGGAAAUGAAAGUCGGCCAGGCCUACAUCUAGUCAAAAGCUGGCCACGCCCCUGACGGUCACCUUUUCACAACGGCCAUUUUCUUCUGUCCCCAAUGUGGCCGUAUUGGAGAGGUUCGACUGUAUAUAUAUUUUUUUCAUUUUCUUGCAGGAAGUUUUGUUCAGCAUUCCAUCUAAAUCAGUGAUUGGCUGGACGUCACUUUCACAAAGGUAUCUUUAUUGUCAGUAAAAUUAAUAAUAUUAUUAAUGUGUCCAUUUAUGGUUAUAGAAAACAGAGCGCUUGGUUUUUCCCCCUUGAAAUGUAUAGUUUUUCAUUUUUGAGAGUUUUAUGUAAUACGCAUUACCUUUCUGACUACAGUAUCAAGGUAUUUUAUGGCAGUGGAGAAUGUUUGGUGUUAAACAUUCCCACAUCUGACUCAGAUGACAUCCCAGAGAUUGUUAGGAGACUUGAAGAAAUUUCUAUUGGUUGCCAGGUAAAAUUGUUUUUCUGUGUUUCUUCUUACAUAGGCAAACACUGCCCGGUUAAAGCAAACCACUCGUUGCCUGCGUAGUAGGCGCAAAAAGGAGAGUGGGAGGGGGAGGGGAAGAUGGAGAAAAUCCCUUACCCUCUCUCCCCAACCCCCUCCCUUUUUCCCUUUCUCGCAAUCCCCUAUCCCUUUCGGCGCCUGCUAUGCGGGCUAAACUACCUGGUGAGCUCCGUUGGCAGAGUGUAUGUCUGCUGAGCGGAAAUGAAAGUCGUGGCAAUCAGCCAAUGACAUUCAUUAUUAUAUUUUAAACAGGAAAUUCAUGAUACAGCAUUCUUAACCGCAGUAAUAAUUCAUAAAGGAAAUACAAAGGAAAUUAAUGUUGAAUCAGUGUUUGAAAAUCAGAUGAAAAACUGCUGAUUUUUGCAUCCUUAAUUUCUCCUUCGAAAAUCAUUUUGUUUGAGAAGUAAUAUCAAGCAUUCGACAAAGUGUUUCAUCUGGGCGACCUCAAAGUUUGUCAAAAAUACUUCAUAACGGCUCUCGGUGUUUCACCUGGUGAUAAAACACUGCGUCUCAUGCUUGAUAUAUUACGUUAAGUUUAUUUUUCCACUUAAACUUCAUUUUACCCUGUAAAGAAAGGGGAGCCAGCCAAAUGUGCCUUUAUAUUAUCACAUAGUAACGUCCUUCAGUGCACUAUAAACUCCUUGUUUGUCGAAGGAAGACAGAUUUAACAAUGGUGGGACUACCAAUCAUAUUUCGAUGUGAUUAGCUCUAUGAUAUGUAAUAGUAAAUCUUUUAUUCAAUGUUUUGGUAGAUAAAUCAGACAGUCAUUUUGCUCAUUGCUCCCUGUAUUCUCUGUAUUAUCUGCAAAACAUCGCGAAUAAGGUUUUUAAUAAUAGUAAUAAUAAUAAUUAUAAUAAUAAUAAUAAUAAUAGUAAUAGUAUUAUUAUUAAUAAUAAUAGUCUUAAGAUUCUGAGACGAGUACUUGGUCUCAGUACUAAGUAGUGCACGCGCGUGAGCCAGCGUCUCUUUGGCGGGAAAACGUGAUAGCCGUAGUCAUUCUAUCACGAGUUUUAGCGAGAAUGUUGUAUUGGCCGGAACAAGUUAUUAAAUUUUAGAAGUUUCUACAUUCUGCAACCGGGAAAGUGCUAAACCUUCUCCAAUAAAAAUAACCGCACUAAUUUUUUCAGGUGGAAAAUUGUACAAUGACCUUUCCGGGUUAAAUAUUUGUCCACAACACGCGAAAAAACUCUCGUACUCAUAGUCGUCCUCCGCUCCUUGUCCUCAAAUCUAAAGCAGGUAUUUUCUUCCUGACAGACCCAAACCAUGACCUUACGGCGCAACAACAUGGGACAGUUGGGAUUUCAUGUACAGUUUGAAGGACUGAUCGCGGAUGUUGAAAAUUCAGGGCUUGCCUGGCAGGCAGGGCUGCGACAAGGAUCUCGACUUGUUGAGGUUUGGAACAAAGUCAUAAAAUUCAAGUACAGAACCACUUGAGAGUAGUGUCAUAAAAGAAAUGCUUUGUAUUCUUUCGGUUAUGCACUAAAACCUUCAAUCCAGAGAUACAAUUAGCUCGUACCCAUGUAAAAACUGUUGAAGAGGUUGUAUUGGAAAGCUGUUGACAGGGUGUUCAUUUGGCAUGGGAGAUCGGAGAAUUCUCCGGCUAACGUGCGGUAGCCUAUGACUACUGUUUAUUCAGGCGUGGAGACUUUCAAAAUAUUCUCCUUUAACGUUACACCUUCCUCUUAUUACUAGAAUUCUUACUGAAAACCCUGUGAGUUUUGUCAUUAGAUUUUGGCCCUCAACCAAAAAGUUGGAAAUUCAAGUAUGCUACCCGUUUUGCAAAAUCAUGAAACACAAGUGAUGCCAUGCAAAUCAGUGUUUAAAAAGUGACGCCUUUUGCAACGCACUAGCAAGCUCUAGGGAUGGUGGGUGGGGGGAGAAAGGUAGCCAGUUGCAGUCGUUCAGAUAGUAGGGUCCGGGAGACAAAUUCACGAAGAAAAAAAAGGGAGGGGAGACUAGAGGGGGAAACGGGGAGGGGGAAAGCUCUCGCUCCCCCCUCUUCCCCCCCCUCCGUUUUCCUGGUGUACUCGUAACUCGCUCCCCACUGACCGCCGCGCUCUACUCUCUGAACGCCUGGAACAGGUUAGGAGAAAGGGUACUUGCUCUCACUCCUCUAUUUCUCCUGUAUGAUUCGAAAUUUAUGAUGUCAAUGACUUAUUUGUCAUAACAAAUCCUUAUUUUCCAGAUCAAUGGGCUGAUUGUAGCCACGCUGAGUCAUGAUCAGAUGAUUGACAUAUUACGCAAGCCUGGAUCAGUGUCUGCUGUUAUUGUGCCGCCCUUCCAGAGCGGAAAACCAAGAAAGUGUGUACCUCCUACUUGAAUUUCUCGUUUUACACUCAAGUGCACUGCUCGCAAUGCGCACAAUCAUUGACGUCAGAGUUGAUGACGUCAAUGAUUGUAUAUUACCCGUAUCUUCUUAAUUUGGUCAGCGCCAGCAGGUUAUGAACAGUUAGCCAGGGAUUAGAACCAAUCAGAAACGGCGAAAUAGUUCGAAUGACCAAUAAUAAUAUUUCUUACAGCUUGUAUUAUUCCAGUUUACCUUCGUUGUAAAGGUCUCUUCAUUUUACGUCGUCAUGAUGAAAGGCACAGGAUAAAUUAGUUAUGCAAAGGCUUGUUUGUAUAAGUCACUCACAGGAUAUUUCACGGUAUACCACGAGAAAGCAUUGGAUAACUAAUAUAUUCUAUAUGUUCAGUGAUUUUGUUACCUCUGCGUCCUGCGUCCCUGACGCAUAUAAAUCCCCAAAGACGCAAAAUAAUUCAUGGCAUGCGUCCGCAAAGAUCGAUCAAUCUGAACAUGUGUAUUUGUAGAAAUAUCCCGUUCGUGUAAUUUCUGUGGCAGUUAUUAUCAUGGCUGCUGUUAAACGGUGCACAAUUCUUUUAGCCUUUGUUCCGCUUUAAAAUAGGACUAUAUUAAUUUCAGUAUACUGUAAUACAGAGUUUUCAUUUGGAGUCUGUCUUCAGAUUAUUUUUACUGUUGGGUUACAUAAAGGCUAGAUUGUUCACAGUCCUCUAUUUUUCCGUAAGAUCGUAAGACGCGCUAUAUCUCGACGAUCUCACGAAAAAAUAGAAGACUGUGAACAGUCUACAUAAAGGCCCAAGCAUUUUUAAUUUCGGACUCGUUUUUUUUAAACUGGGACCCAUUGGUUCUGGAUUGGGACUAAUGAUUUUUCUCGAGAUGAGUCCAAGGACUUACCUAUGUUCGGCGUGGGUGGUCACAUUUUCCUGGGUUACAACCUAAUUCUCCUAUCAUUUCUUAUGCAGAUAUACUUUUUCCCCAGGGGCACAGUUUAACUUGCCAUGAUACUUUUUAUUCCCCAGGGGUAUCCAGCUACCUAGUGGGUCCUACUGGAGUGCCAGUCGUGCUUCAGUGGGGACUAUUUCCUCAUUUGGCAGUGCCUCGUCAGUGGGAGAGGAUGUAGAUUCACGUGAUGUUUCAGCGGGGUCGUCUACGUCCCUCUCAGCCGCUGAUAGCGGUCGUAAGCCACCGUCUAAAGUUGGCUCAAAAAGCAAUGGCAAAGGCGGAAAAGACAGUCCUUGGGUGAUGCGACCGAAUAAUGCUGGCUCUGUUGAAGCAAGGUAACUAACCGUUGUUACAUCGUACCUUUAGAGUGCAUAUAGUCUUUCGUUUGUCUACAAAGUUAGUGAUGUGGCGUGCGUGACAUGCGAGAAACACAAGCCCUCAGUUUUCGCGUUUCGUAGGCUGGCGUUGACGCUUGAUGUCCCACUAUCUUGAAAAAAAAAAGUAAGAGACUGCUCGCAAUGAUAUCUUCACUGCGUCGUGACUGACAUUAAAAAAAGUCACUCACAUAUAUUCUCGAGGCUUAGAAUUUACUAUAUUUACUAAUUUCAUUGCGAAUAGCCGUCCAUUAACGUGCAAUUCCUAGCAGUAUGUUGUAUGAUUUUCGCAUGAACCCGGUUAAAUGACCUCAGCUCCAACAAGACUUCUAUAGCUCAGUGGUCGGAGUAUGAGGGCUAGGUUUGACUCUCGUUGGGAUGACUUGGAUUUUUUUGGAGUCGCCUGUUUCACUGACAAAUGUAUAACAUCAUUUUGUUGUCUUGAUUGUUCACCAAAGUACCCUCACCACCACCAGAAUAAACCUACCAGUAUGGAGACCAUAUGAAGAGGUUACCGGUCAUCUCGCCCCGGUUACUUACCCCCCUAUUCUAGAACGGGGAAUAUUAUAUUUGAAGCGUUCUUGUUUUGGUUUAUGGCUUAAAGAACGAAGAAUAUCACAUUUGAAGCGCGCUAAAUGACUCGAAAAUAGGGGGCUAAGUAACAGGGGCGAAAUUACCUGGGGGGGAAGUGACCGGUAACCUAUGAAGAAUUGCGUGUUGAUACGAUAAGGCCUUUAGCCACCUACCCCUCCCCUAAGCCAACUUUAAAAGUUACUUCUCGGUUAGGGCAAAACGUUGGCUUAGGGGAGGGCUAGGUGGGCAGUAAAACGUAAAAUGAUCCCUCAUUUCUUUUUCUCUUCAGAGCAAUGUAUUCUGGCUCCCGCCCUCCUGAUUCCCCGGCGUCGCCUGGAACGAGUUCAACUUCUUCGGUCAGCGGUAGCUCGCAAACACUUCAAGAGACCCCGCGUACAUACGGGGCUGGAGCUUUUACAUACGGGGCUUCGUACACCGUAACGAGUGUGACUCCUAAUGGGGAAAGGUCUCAGGGUGUCGCAAAGUCCGUUGGUGUCACAGUGAAAGCCCAUACAGCGUCGGGCACGUUAUACGCUAUCGCAAGCGGGCCUUCCUCUCCCCCGCCAUCUCCCCGCAGUCCUGACAAGCCCAUAUUUGGAAGCACAUCGCAGAGGCAUCGGAAAACGGUCGUGAAUGGAGAGGGAAACUCCAGGGUCGAUGGAGGUACGAUGGAUUCCAGAUUUCCGGAAGACGGUUACGGUGCUGUCCGAGUGAACAUCGAGGCAAUGCCGGAUAACAGUAACAAACGGGAUUCGGGUCACGAAACAACGCCGUAUGUCGCGCAGAAAAACGACGCCAUGCCUUUCAAGGAGACAAGUUUAGGAGCCGUGAUCACGACAGUGAACACUUACAAACAGAAACCAAGCUACGAGGACAUCACUGAAGCUUCUAUGUCUGACACAGUGGACCAGAUCGAAAAAGCGUUUGGGUUUCGAACCCCAGACAUGAUCGCAAAUGGAACAGGGAGCCUAGAAAGAAAUGGGAGCUUACGAAUGAAAGUCGGGGAUCGGGCGUCCUCGGGUUCGCUGCAAGAUAUUCAACUAACUCCCCGCAGAGCGCAGUCCGGGGAGACGCUGAACCAGUUCCGAGGCGGCGAAGGUGAAGACUCACAAGGAAACAUUUUGAAGAGACUGACAAGAGAAGCGGACAGGGAACAGAGCAGGGUAUUGCAGCGAAAGAGUGAAGGCGAUCUGCCGCAAAAUGUGAUGCAAGGCAGAAACACCACGACUACGGUAGUCGAGGCGUCACCCACAUCCGUGGAAGUGAAAAAGGAAAUGAGGCGCAAGUCAGAGUACGAAGCGCGUUUGGCUGCCAGGAAUCUUCUGAUCGAACGCUUGGAAAACCACCGGCAGUCCCUGGAAGGUCCCAGUGACAAGGUGGAAGGGAUUAAAAUUUACCACGCUAAAAGCCGAAGCACCCCUGUGGAUUGGAGAAAUGUAAGCGAGGACAAACAGACAAAUUCAAGACUCACCACGCAGGAUGAUAGCGCGAAGAUGCCUGCCGAGCGAGUGCAAGAUGACGACGUGAAAACCCCGCUUCAUCUUAGGCGAAAGAAAUCGGGCGAGCAAAGCCCGAGUAAGCUUCGGACGCCCGACACUAUGGCUUGCAGGCAAUUUGGUCACCACGCGAGGCUUUCUUUUUAGGCAAACUGUUCAAGACGCUUAGGUCCGGUAGUGAACGGACGACUAUUUAGCGUGUGCCAAGGUGCAGUCUCUAGUUCGUCCGCUGCGAAUGGUUCAAAGCAGUCAUCAGUGGCCGCUGCUGGCGGAAAUUCUGAUUCUACUGAUGAAGAAACCAGAGAAAGAAACGCGGACGCUGUGGACGCUAGUCAGAUGAUUGCAGGGAAAUUGCUCUUCUCCCCAGAGAGUCACAAAAAAUCUUCGAGUCUCCCGCGUGAGUGGGACACACGGACCACGCCUCACGCGACCAUGCCGCGCGAAUCUCGAGGACAUCGUUCGCAUUCUCAGUCACACACCCAUCUCAAAAACGCGCGGAUUACCAAGAUCAAAAUGAGCGCUAGUGAAGAACCGAGUGACUCGAUCGUUGAUCAGACUUCUCGGCUUCUUCAUGCGGCAAAAGCUGUCAAGUACGAUAAAGGUUCCUCGCUCGUUGUGGCUGAGGAUGUACUGCACUCGCUGACACGCGCGUCGGACCUGCUGCAUCACCAGUCCUCUGUCGCUAGAGAAGAAAGGGAAAAGGAGAAGAGAGACAAGGACAAGUCGUUGAGCAGAAUAAAGGCACCAGGUAAGAUUGCUUUAUCUUGUCAUUCCGCAAGCUGUAAAAGUGAAAUUUCUGUCUUGAAUGUAAAAUUUAAUGUUGAGAAAUGGUGGAAAAGAAAAAGGACCCAUUAAAAGUCCUGCCAACGAGAUUUCAUAUGAAUGGUCAUGCUACAGGACGUCAUGCACAGACUGUAAAGUCAGAACCGCCUUGGACAGCAUAAUAAACAGUACCACAGGAAAAUUACUGCGCAGUAACUUUUAUGUGGAUAUUCACACUUUCGGAGUUUAUCCACAGACUCAAAAUUUAAACCACCUUUUACCGCAGCAUAAUAAACAGUGCCAAAAGGAAAGUACUGCUCAGUAGCUUUUAUUUCAGUGGUCACACUUUAGGAUUUUAUCCGCAGACUAAAAAUGCUAGAACCACCGUCUGCAGCGUAAUAAACAGUACCACAUCAAAGGACUCCUCAGUCGCUUUCAUUUGAAUGGUCACACUUCAGCGUUUUAUUCACUGACGCAAAAGUUAGAACCACCUUGUACGUCAUAGUAAAAAACAUCACGAUGAAGUACUGCUCAGUGGCUUUCAUUUGAAGGUAAGCGCGGUCAGAUUUCAACCAAAAUAUAUGUGCGGAAAUUGCUGCUUAGGAGUGGUAUUCAUGUCAUUGGCGUGGCUCGCAUAAGUGUUCCAAACUUGAAAAAGUCAAUCUUAUUUGAUCCCUUAGGGAUUAGUCUUUUAUACACCGGAUAAACCGUGUAUAACCCUUCCUCCCCUAAUAGUGACCAAAGAUAAAGUUCACAAUAAUUCAAAUUCCUUUCUGUAAAAUCUCAAGAAAUACAUAACACCAUGCAAAAGUUAUGCCAAAGAGGAUUCAUUUGAAUGGUAACACCAUAGGAUUUCCUUCACAGAUUUAGAGUAACAGUGAGAUCGAGUGUCAAAAUAUUUUUUAAGUAUCUACAUACAAAUUCUUCAAACUCAUCUCCAUACAUUUCCCUAAAGAAGUAGCUGAGAGAUUUUGUUAAAAGAUCAAAGUAUUUCUCUUUAGUGAUCAUUUUGUUCAGUAAUUCUAAUAACCUUCUUCCUUCAUUAUUUGUUGAAAUUGUUGGAAGAGAAUUGAGUUGUAAUUCGUUUUAAUGCGCGGAAUAUCCCGAAGGUCGACGCGUCAACUGGCCUCCUCGAGUAGUCUACUCUUGGAAGGUUUUUCAAGCGGAAGCUUGGACAAUUGCCUCUUCCUUCGUAUUGGGCAAAGAAAAGUGAAAGACGAUUUGUGGUCCCGAUUUGUCCCUUUCCAUCAAACAAAAUAGGAGGCGAGGCGCAAUUGUUCUUGAGCUUAACGAAAAACUAGACUAACACUCUGUAAAACUCGAGUCAAGUCUUGAGUCGAGACAGCGCCUUUACAUGGGUUGUCGAUCAGAAAAUAUUUAAAGCAGCUAAGCUGUAAAUGUUAUCUAAUAAGUUUAUCUGUUAAGACAGUUUUAAAGUUUUAAUGCUAUCCGCUAUUUUACCAAGGCCCAUUGUGGAAUCUGGUAUGUUCGAACAGAGGCAAAGCGGAAGGGAUUUUCUUUUUGUACGCAUGCGAGAAUUGUUUUCGAAACUUUACCCCAGGGAUAUCCUAUCCUGUAUUCUGUUCCCCUGGUGGUCGUGCCCCUGCCAGCUCUGCGCUAAAGUGUUUGGCUUGAUUCCAGUUAAAGGGCAACGGAAUCGCAGUAUACAUGUUUUUAUACCCUGUGUAUUUUGCUCUUCGAUCCUUAGAUAAAAUUAUGACACACACGAUGAUCAAAAGUUACUGUAGACUUUGAUCUUUCGACCUCCUCUUAAUAUUGAUUUCUGAUUGAGUAUGACAUGGUUGUCAGCAAUUAGUUCUUUCAAGUAUCUUAGGUGAAAGUGAAAUAGUGCGAGAAGCAUCUUAUCCCUACCCAUGAAUUCAUCUUCACGGAAAUUGGCACCACUGUUUUCUCCUUUCAGUUCGUUUAUUAGUGGGUAUUAUUUAGCUUCUCUAUUAUGCAAAUUGCAGACAAAACUCGUCCUUAACAAAUCUUUGUUUACAUUUCGUAAUCUAAAUGAAAAAACGUCUUGGCUAAAAAUAAACCUGGCGUGGAAUUUACGUGACGGAAAGGCUCUUGAUACCGAUACUGUCCAUUUAAAGGUGCAUUCGUUUACCAAGUUAUAGUUUCGACCACAGAACAAUGAGUUCCAGAAGGAAGUGGGACGUAAGCAGCAUUUUGGACCUUCCAAAAAUGAAAUCACGGCUUCAAGCGCUCACACCGAAUGGUUUACGUAAGAGCAACUUUUUAUUUUUAUAUAUUUUUUUCAGUGUUGUGUUGUUUUUGGCGGAGGCGGCUAGAUUCACUGANAGCAACAUCUUGGACCUUCCAAAAAUGAAAUCACGGCUUCAAGCGCUCACACCGAAUGGUUUACGUAAGAGCAACUUUUUAUUUUUAUAUAUUUUUUUCAGUGUUGUGUUGUUUUUGGCGGAGGCGGCUAGAUUCACUGAUUCAACUUUACGUAGGAAGUUUAGAUCGAACAAUCGUUUUCUAAGAAAUUUUUCGCACGAAAAAGUGAACCAUUGUCCUAAUAGGAUUGAUUGUUUGGUAGACUAAACCAGGGACUACAUUGUUGUAAGGAUCGUGCUUGAAUGUGAACGCACACCCGUAAGUUUAUAGGGAAACAAAUAAGAAUCGAAGGUUUACAAACUCUCUACAGCAUUAUCCAUCGUUUGACGGUUUAAAACGAAAUUUUAGUUACAAGAUUUGAGGGAUAAUGUUUAUAUCUGUGAAAUGGUUACGCAUUAGAGCUCAUUUUAUGGUAUUUAGCUAAUUAGCUGACGAAUAAAGAAAUCAUAACUCAACACUAAAUGAUGUUUACUUGACUCGAUAACUCGAAAGUGUUUGAGUAAGAGUUACACGAUGAGCUUUGGGUUCUCGGAGAGUGUCACUCCUGUUCUGUAAAAUCUGAACAUAGUUCUUUGAUAGAUUUGUGGUGUAAGAGAACCAUUUAUGUGCAGCGGAGAUCCGUUUGGGAUUACUCAAUAGAAGCAGCUAAGUGAAUUAACCAGCGGGGAACGGAUCUGUACAUGUUAUCGCUGGAGGUGUUACAAUUUCUUAAUUCGCCCGGUCUAAAAGUGUUUCUGAAAUUGUGAGAAAUUCACGAAUCAGAUGUUUCAAACUGCAGUUUCAUGUCAACUAUAUUAAUAUAGCUUUGUUCUAGAGUCGAACGAUAUUGUUUUGUCUGUGUUUGCGUGUUAUUAAUUAUUCCUCGGUGCUUUUUAUUACUGUACUAGUAUAGUGUUCCUGUGAAGAUCAAAUCUGAUGAUGGGGUUAAAAGCUUGUAUGACGUCACUCUUAACCGCGAAUCGGAUGAUCGACUUCCGGCCAUUUAGAACCUCAUUACUUUUAGGAGGGGUCGCCACUGAAUUGUGCAAUUUUUGUUCACAUUCGGUUGAAGCGGAAAAACGUGAAGAGAAAAUUCUCCGAAGUCUGGUCUUCCUUAGAAUUUUAUUACAAAAUAUUGCGUUUGUAUUUUUGAAAGUAAAUUGUGUUUCUCACACGGAACUUGCUGAAGCUAUUUCGUAGAUUUUUAAAAUAAUACUCAGGACUGACCGACAAUCAUAACUAAGUAGAUUUGUCUGUCCUUUUCGACAAGACAAGACCGCAUAUUUACUUAAUUUGGAAGACAUUAUCAUUGUCUGGUCGCUUUAGGUUCAUAUUGAAUAACUGGAACUAGGAAAUGGGUAAAAAGAAAUUUGGGAAUGAUGCGAAAAGCUUGCUGACGAUGAGAAAGAGAGAAUUAUUUUUACACCGUCUUUAAAUAAAGCAGUGUACUUUCGCUAUUUAAAACAAAGAUAAUUCUACCAAUAUCGGAAUGACGUGAACUGAGACUAAAGUGAGGGCGUCAGUCAGUUUUUAGUUUUUUUCUUCAAGGCGAGGAUGCGUUUCCAUGCAGUUCGUUGCCUGUUUCUUCACAACCGGUUUUUAUGAGGUUAGAUAGGUUGUGCUUGAUGGAAAUAAGACUUUGUCAAAUGUAACUCGGAUUCAACCAAUUGCUACAAUUCUAUGGUUUUCUCGGUGAUGAGCGGCGAUGGUCGCCACCCGUCAUUCCGCGCCUGCCGUCACUCGUCAUCCGCGACCCUGCUGCACCCUGCUGCACGUAGGAUAAGUCUUCCACUUCCAAAUUCUUCCGUUAUAUUCUAGUUAUGUCUUUUAUAUGCCAGGUAGUUGUAACUCUUUUCAGUCUCAGUGCUGAGGGAUCCUAUCGUGUGGCCAUUCAAAUGUAAGCCACUGGGCAGUACUUUCAUUUGGUGCUAUGUAACAGGUUAUUCUACCUUUGAAAUCCUAGUCUGCUACACAGCCGUUUUUAGUAUCGUCACGCAAGACUCCGUGGGGAGGAGCGUUGCGUGACGACACAGAAAACGGCUGUGUAGCAGACUAUUGAAAUCCUUGCUCAGUUUCUCAGUUCCUAGUCUGAAAUGUCAUCCGUCUCUUCGCCCAACCCUCUGUGGCGGUGGGCGAAGAGGCAGAUGUCAUGUCAGACUACUGUCAACUGGACACUGAAGGGACCACAGGAAGUGUCCGUAUCAAGUGGGUCUUGUUAUUAAAGUCAAAAAUACACUUUUGAUUAGAGCAAAAUACCAAAGAAAUGAAAGAGGACGUAAGCAUCGUCAAAUUCAACUUCUCUAACCUUCACAAAACCGUCAUUACGCUUUCGUCUCGCGCUUUGCGCAAAAUGCCGCGUUCGCCUCGCUUGGUUCAUAAAGCGUCUGUUAUGCAGGCUAGUAUUAUAGGGAUGGGAUGGUACUUUGGAGCAAGGGAACGGUCCGUAAUUGACCACUCCAGAAAAUAUCAUAGCAUACCAUAAUGCUGUUGCCCUGCGAGCAGAGGCCUUUCGAUCUUCCUAGAUAAGUCGGAAAAUCGAAGGGCCUCUGCUCGCAGGGUGUAAUGCUCUUUGCUUGUCACCCAAAAUUUUGCAUAAGCAUUGUCUUCAAUUUCUCUUGGGAGUUUUAUAGAAAAUGGCCCCCAGAGAAACUGAAAACAAUGCUUAUGCAAAAUUUUGUGGUGACAGAGAAAGAGCAUUAUGGUAUGUUAUGGCAUUUUCUGGAGUGGUCAAUAGGGGGUUGUCUGUAGGGAGUAGUUCGCUUUUAUUGCCCUCUUUUAAUUUUUGGUUUUCCAUACCUCUGCGGUCGUCUUGGAAUUGAUUGUAGCCUUUUUAGUUGCUGGCCUUUUCCCUCUUUUUUAAAGAUAACCUCAAAUUGUUCUAAAUCUGGAAAAAUCCCCUUCUUGUGCCUUAAAUUUAUUAAGAGUGUUAAGCCAUUGCAGUAACUAUAACAUUGUGAUCGCUGGGCAGCAUAAAAGAUCAUCCGAUGAAACCAUAUUUCGCAAAAUCAAGUAAAGGACCUCUAAGUCACCUCGUUUAGAAAAGUUAAAAUUUUUGGUGUAAUUGGGAGCAAUUUUUAGAAGUCGUAUAAUUGCAAUAGCUAAUUAUCUCGUUUUAUUUUUUUUUUUUAAAAAAGCAAUGACUGCAGCGAUCGAGCGUUUAGUCAUAUCUUUUGAAUAUUCUUCAAUCUAUCAUCUAUGGGCUGACGAAAGUGCCCCUGCCACUUUUAGAAGGGAUACUGGGGUGGUAAUAAUGUUAUACAGUAGUCGAUUCUUAGCAAUCUUGUCCAAGGUUUCGAAGGCGCGAAGAAAAUUUUGGCCUCCUCUGGCCGCCUGUGGAUAAUUUCAAAAGGUUCACUGUAGCGUAAUAAACAGGCCUGCGUAACGUAUAAAUAAACGCCCCGCGGCAGGAAUCUGUGUAGUAGCGUUGUUAAAUGAAACGAAAAACAAUGGCGUCUCGUGAUGCAAAGAUUCUUGCCGAUUUUAGCUAGCGACAAGGUGGUUUAGCCAUGCCUGUUACCGAUCCUCAGCGCAAAUAUCCACGAAUAUUGUGGCGAACUAACGCGAGGCCUUCAUCAGCUGGAGCAGAGACUUCUAGUAAGCAUUUCUAUAGCUGUCGUGGCCAAUCUUAUACUAUUUGUGUUUUUUGCGGUUGAGAUAUUCGUUCCUGAAGGCCACAUAGAAUCAUCCAUAGUAAUCAAAGCUGCUGAGGAGUAUUUUCUUUUCGUGCUGAUAUUUGGUCAAGAAAUUGCGAGACGUGUGCUUGCUAAUUUUGCCCGGCGUCAAAGUUAACACUCCACGCGCGUUGUCCGUGUUCGUCUUGAUUGUACGUGAUUGUUUAUAUUUUCAGGUAGGGGCCGCUCUCACGGUCCGCACAAGUUUUACAUCCCUGUUGUUCCAAGAAGACAUAGCUUUGACGAAAGAAUAUUUGCUGUACCGGUAGGUGAAUUAUUAAUUAUUACUUUUUUCCAUUUUGGUGAAAUAAAAAUCGUUGGGUUUUGCCUGGGUUUAUUCAAGUGCGGCCUCGCUUAACGCGAGGAUGAGUCAUAAAGACAUAUCUAUAUUCCUGUGCGUUUAACAGUUACCAUCUGUCAGAUUCUUGAGCGCAAUGUUUGGUUAGAUUUAUAAACAUUUACUGUAGUCACUGUACGUUUAUGGAGCCGAGUCGUGUUAAAUUUGACUAAAUGACGUGAUCCCUCUUGAACAAUGCUAAUUCCGCUUUGAAACAAAAUUGCAUGGAUUUGUUUAAAUUUGUUGAAGUAUAAACAGCACUAAUGUUUGUAAAAUAUCUUGAUAUUUGUUGACUCAAGAGGCACCAGAGGGGGCCUCAGGAAGUGUAAUUUCAUUCACUUCAUUUUGUGGCCGAUUCAAAAUGUUGGUUAAAAAAUCUGGUUGCAUCGUACGAAAGAGUGCGGUGCAUCAGAGGAUAACUUUAUUCGACCUGCAUAGCUGACUCAAAUCGCUCAAUCUCAAGACUUCGAAGAAUUUUAUAAAUACGGAAAUUUUUAGGGUUUCAACUAUUUGAUGAAAAUUAUUUGCUAGAAAUCGUCAUCUGAGUAUAUCAAUAUAUUACAACUUUUGUCAAACCAAGAGAGACUCUUGCCCAAACGUUUUUCAGAGAAGCUAGGAAGCAAAAUGGGUCGAACACCCGGAAAUCGCGGUGCUGUUCCAGAUAUUUUCUUUUCGACCUUGAGGUGCAAAGUGACGAGAGAAUAUUCGGAUAUUUCUUCUCUCGCCUCUUAAUGGCUCAAGCCGUUUUGUGGGGGCGAAUAUAGAAAGAAACCUCUAGAACUAGGAAAUCAGAAACAUUUGCGUUAUGUAGAUUCAGGUAACUUGCUCACUUCCUGUUCCCGAGGGGAGAACCUUCCACGGGAAAUACUUCCUAGUAAUGGGCAAAUAAGGAUGUGCUGCUGGAUUGGCUAUAUGGAGUUGCUUUUUCAAUAGAGUGACUAGAACGGGGUCUCACAUUUUCGAGAUUUUGUGGUUAAGAAAAUAUUUGUAUCUAGGAAUUAUCAAAAGAGUGUGUGAAUUCAUUUUAGGAUGACACACCUACUAGGCUUUAUAAGGUAGAUGCACAAACAGAAAGUGGCAGUAAAUUACAUUUGGCCAAAGUGUGUAAAAUGGGGUCUACAAUUGGCCACAAAAUAAACUACAAUGGGGUAGGAAUUUUGGGAGGCCAGCGUCACAUACCCAGCAAAAAUUGACCCAAGUAACACCCCCUGGUCCACCUCUCCUCCGUUCGGACAAAAACGCCUUUUUUGAGAGGGCAAUUUCUUUCAUUUUACGUUGCUAAAAACUGUCCGACUCCUUGAGCCAGAUAGGGAAGCGCCUUAGCGGUAUGGACCAACAGAACUCAGGCUUCGUUUAUACGGCACUGGAUACCGGAUACUUCGUUUACACGGGACCAUUCAAUAUUUUUGCUAUGUUCACACGUAACUUUCAACAGCUAGGCGUCUAAAUUUUCCUACGGUUAAGGUUGUUCCCUGAGAAUGGAACGCCUAAACGCACGAAUUUUUCAACCGGUCGAAAAUUUAUCCGGUGCCGUGUGUACGUACCGGUAGCCUCAGUGUCGGUAAUAGAGAGGUUAUUGUAGGGCGUCAGCAGGGGCGGAUCCAGGGGGAGGGUCCAAGGGGUCCGGACUCCCACCCCCACCCUCCCUCAGACCUGACGCUUGAGACUAAAAUUCUCACAUCGACAGAAUCGUAUAUCACUUUUUAAGGGUCUGAAUUUUUUAAUGAAACACGCGUUGCUUCCAGGGAUCAUCUGUUCGCCUCUGCUCGCAAAGCAGUAUUACCCGCGGUGUUCACAGUGUGAAACACGUGGUUUCUCUUUGAAAAGUGAUUUGCCACAAAAAGGUUCAACAGUCCUUUCUUAACCUAAGUUUGGAUCCGCCCCUGGUCAGUAUCUAAAGGUUUUAUCGCAACAUUGAUCUAGAAUGUUAACGAAACAAAACAAACCAAGUCGUUUAUGUGCAAUUCGUAGGGUACAGAGGUUGAAGGGAGCACUUAAGUACAGCCCAUCAAAGGCGGUUUUGUGGUAGACGUUAAGUCAUGUUAGCACUCAAAGUUACCAUCCCAGAAAAAUGCUGAUUUUUCCGCUGUUAUCUGCCCAUCGUUUAAUAUUUAUUUGCUUUCAACUCCUAUGGCAGUUGUUUCUGUUUUGCCGAACGAAAACCACAUCAAGCAUUGGUUUGAGCUAAGAAGUCUUUUGUCAGAGCAAGAUAUGCCAUCAGGCAUCUGUUUCCUUUGUUUUUUCGCGUUUAAGCCCCAAGGCGGAGUACCUCGUGAUGGACAGAGAUAAACUUUAGUGUCGGAAAGUGUCGAUAAACUUUCUCACCUGAAUUCUCAAUUUCUUUGUUUGUCUGAUUGUUUUUGUUUUUGUUUUUUUUUGCCAUUUAUUCAUGCUGUAGUAAAUUGGAUCAAAGAAUCACGCGAACAACGGUAACUUUUAGCCUACGUCACAGGUUCUAUUUUUCUAGCGUUCUUUUUCCCCUUGCUUAACUUUCGUCUUCGCUUGCGCGCACGAAUGCGGUUUCCAAGAAUCACGCAUGCGCCCUUCAGGAUAUCUCCACGCUUUACAUUACGUGAAAUUGCCGCCCUUCGCCUCAAUGGGACCUACCGCGCAGGAUAAAAAAAAUUAAAAAAAAAAAACAGUGGAAAGUAAAAAGUUAUAGCCGCCGCUCAGAAAUUGGACGAGAGUUCAUGUCUGCAAAACUAAGGGAAGUAAGCGACGUGUUCUUGUACAUACUAGUUGAUCAUAUCUCUUUGUAGUUUGUAAAUAAAGUUUACUUAAUAGUCGCGAUAACAUCCGUGUCAUGGUCUAGUGGCUGUUUUGUUAACCUGUCGGAUAGCUUGGCUCCCCUUCCCAAAUUCCUUCUGUGAAAUACGUAAAAUGCGCACGAAUUAUCACACCCUAGGGUUUUUACUAGAGACUGAAAUGUUUCACUUCUUGAAGAAGAUGUUUAGUUUUCUUACGAGUUUUUUUACAUUUCCAAGUAAUGCUUAAGUGCCUUAUUUUAAACACUCUUUCGAUGACAAUGGAGGGGUUAUUUUGAUCUAUUUUAGUUAAAUUUAUUCUAAAUAAAAAAUAGUCACGUCUGUCUGUUUUGAUUUCUCCGCAAGAAAAGUCACGUCCGUAUGUUUUUAUUUCUCCGCAGAGUGCGAAAGGAAACUCCGGAGAAAGGUGAGUCUUGCUUUUAAUCAUGACGUUAUUAAAGAAAAUGUUAACGGCUUUCUUUGCCUAGUAUUCCCGUUUUUCAUAAAAGCAUGUUUUGUUCCGUGAAUUACUGGGCCGUGUUGGCUAUUUCUAGCAGAUAUAUUGAUGUGACUGGUUUGCAUGCACGCCCUGGCGCUUUAGCCUUGUUACUUUUAAUAGUAGCCAAAGUAAAAAAAUAAAUAUAAUAAUUAUAAUCAUCAUCAUGGUAUAAUCAUCAUCGCGAAGGAAAAUUCAUUUUUUGGUUUAAAGUAAUCCUAAGUAAUAACAGUACCAUGAAAAAGUUCUAUCAAAGAGGAUUCAUUUGAAUGGUAACACUAAACUACGCUCAUUGCAGAGAGUAUUACAAGAAUAAGAUUAGGAAUUUUGAUCCUGACUGCCCACAUGUUGCUUGGCCACAGCAUCAGUCAUCGUAGUCUUUUUAAGUAUUGUCUAUAAACACGAGCAGGAGUGUUCGCCUCGAGUUUUUAAACCUGAUGAUACACGACUGCGAGUUUUUUGAACGGCUUCAAAAUCUCUGAUACGUGCACUAAAAUUUAGAUUUGGGGUUAUUUUUAGCUUGCGUUCUUACGCCCAUUAAUUCCUAACGCGUGCUACGCAGGUUAGGUUAUUUUGGUUCAAAAAUUGGACGUUAAUUUUGUUUUUUUCUUUAUGAGUUAUUAGUGAGUUUUUGAAUCAUAAAUUUAUAUUUUUCCUCUUUUUAUACAUACGUUAUUCUUUUUAAUUGGUUGAAUUAGCUCCCAUUGUUCUUAUCCCCUACUAGUCCUUCCCGCUGCUCUCUUCAUGUUUGUUCUUAAUGCAUGCAGUGAAAAAGAAUUAAAUAAAAUAAAAUAAAAUUAACCCAGCGAUGGACUGGCAUCCCCUCUGUGGUGGGGAUGUAGGGGUAACGGGGGAGGGAAUAGGAAUACUCCUAGUCGCUCCAUGCUUGUCUUUGGCCCCUAUUCGAGGAUGAAGCCGGACUGUCCGGUGAACCGAACUUACGUCUGAGAUGGAAUGUAAUGGUAUAAAACAAACCGUCUUUCGUUUUACAGGCAGCAAGCACCAGGUACAAAUCAUAUUUUAUAUAAUUACUUUCAGUUUGCUCACAAGAGAGAGUAUAGGAAAAGAAGCUGAACUUGAAAUGAAGCUGGCUAUUGUAUCGAAUGCUUUAAUGAAGGUCAGUAAUGAAACUAUCAGUUCUCUUCUAGAAGAUUCUAGCGUAAAAAAGCAUAGGGAUGAUUGUAGACGUGUAAGUGUGUUUCAAAGCAAGGCUAAGUGCGAAGCCAUUGAUAUGAUUUUUUUUAUUGUUAUGCGAAUAAAACUCAUUUUCACAAGGACGGUUUUGCACUUGGCCACGUUUUGAAAGUGAGAGUUUUUUGGAAAUCGGAAAUGACCUGACUAGUGACCCCUGUAAAGAGAUUCUAGAACAGACGUUUUCAACAUUAGCUUUACCGUGUCAAAGCGAAUCAAAAAGGGGGGAGGGGGGAGGGGGGAGCAGGGAGAGGUCUACAGCGUUCUGUCCAGAGGAAGAGAAAGGAAUUGUGGUAGAUUGGUGCUUGUUUGCCUUGAUGAUGGCUAAAAAUUCAAAAUUCUGUUUUGUUUUCCCCAUACAUUUCCAAUAGAAGUAGUAGGGAGAAUUUGUUGAAGUGUCUGUUAGAUUCAGCUUCUGUGAUCAUUCGCUCAAUUCUCAUCACCACCCUGUUUUGUAAAGCAUUGAUAUCACAUGGAGAAAUUUCAAGCUGAUCACUAGAGGGUUUAAAGGGUUUAAGACUUGUCUGUUGUUUCUGUAGGAAGGAGAGGAGAAGCAUCGAUUGGAUUCAGAACUCCGAAAACUACAGAAAGAAAACAAAAGAUUACAAGACGAUCUUCGGACAGCCUCGCACCAACUUCGGAAAUUUACCGAGUGGUUUUUCGCGUCGAUCGAACCUAGUAACAGGUGA